AUGGCCACCCUCCAAUCCGACAAACCCAUGCGCCAGCAGGUCGAGGAGUACAUCUCGACCCUCCAAGAAGAGAUUGUCGCCGCCUUCGAGGCACUCGACCCCUCCGCGCCCAAGUUCAAGCGCGACGCGUGGGUGCGGCCGCAGGGCGGGCGGGGUCUCUCGUGCGUGUUCGCGGUCCCGCACCCGUCCUCGCCCGCCGCGGCGCAGCAGCCCGCGCACACGAACACAGUCCUCGAGAAGGCGGGCGUGAACAUCUCGAUCGUGCACGGGUCGCUCCCGCCCGCGGCGGUGAAGCAGAUGCGCGCGGACCACGGCAGCCUCAAGGACCUCGACGUCGACGAGAAGGGCGCGCUCCCCUUCUUCGCCGCGGGCAUCAGCCUCGUCAUCCACCCCCGCAACCCUCACGCGCCCACCGUGCACGCCAACUACCGCUACUUCGAGAUCGCAGACAAGGUCGCGCAGGCGAGCACCGGGUCUGCGCCAUCGCAGCAGCCCCAGGGGACGGUCCUUGCGUGGUGGUUCGGCGGCGGCUCCGACCUCACGCCGUCCUACCUCUACGAGUCCGACGCGGCGCACUUCCACACGACCCUCCGCGAUGCGGCGGCCUCGCACGGCGCUGCGCUCUAUCCCGUCCUCAAGAAAUGGUGCGACGAAUACUUCUACAUUCCGCACCGCGGCGAGGCGCGUGGGAUCGGCGGCAUCUUCUUCGACGACCUCUGCGACGAGGACCACAAGACGUUCAGCGCGUUUGGCGAGGUGGGCGGGGAGUCGGCGGAUAAGGGCAGACCACGGAGCGCGGAGGCGAUUCUGAAGAUGGUGAAGGAUCUGGGGAACGCAUUCGUCCCGAGCUACGUCCCUAUCCUGAAGCAGCGCUCGAGCACACCAUACACUGAGGCGGAGCGGCGGUGGCAGCUUCUCCGACGGGGCCGAUACGUGGAGUUCAAUCUUGUGUAUGACCGCGGUACGCGCUUCGGCCUGUUAACACCUGGCGCGCGCAUUGAGAGUGUGCUUAUGAGCCUGCCUGAGGAGGCGCGGUGGGAGUACAUGAGCGAUAUGGGCGCGCUUGGGACGCGGGAGGCCGAGGUGCAGGAGGUACUGCAAAAACCACGAGUGUGGGUACAGUAG